CACUAGUACGCGGUGUGUCUCACUGGAAAGAUAAAGGAAUUAAAUCAAGUGGCCAAAUCUAAAGUACAAAACGGUCUGCCCGUUGCCGAUCUCGAAUCUCUUUUAUUAUUCUCUCUGACCGGAUACGAACCAUUUAUAUAAAUAUUCUCGGUAAACGAUAUAUGUACAUAGUGUUGGUGUGUGACGUUUUUUUUUUCUUGAUAGGCUAGAGAUUAGUGGUGCGGAGACGCUAAGCGGUGUGCGAUUGAUCAAUCGAUACAUUUUUAGCGGAUUUGGUUGAAAAAAGUGGCUUGAAUUUACGGUAGAAUUUGGGACAUUUGUUUGUGAUGUGUGUCUGUGUAGUGUGGUAAAUUUUAAGGACUUAUAGAGAAGUGCGUGUUGACUUGGAAGUGUGAAGGUCAUUGAUAAGAUUUUUUAUGAACUUUGUUUGGUUUAUAUACGGGGUGUUUAUCUUUAAAAUAGAGAUCGUGUGCAUGAGCAGGGCCCACAGCCUCAGGCAAUGAUGGCUUAGCGCCCGCUGGGUGCGUGACGUAAUGGCCAGGGUAUGGGCGUGGUCGCGGUCAGUCAGAGGCUGGACCUUGGCCAUUUGUGUAGCGGCAUUGUGCGCCUUGGUCACAACAGAGGUGCAACAACAGUGCCCGCCCCGCUCGGAGAUAUCGCCAUGCAGCUGCCAAGUGAAGAAGAACGGGCUGGACAUCCUGUGCGAGUUCACCGAUCAGCAGCACAUCAACGACGCGAUGAGCGUGCUCAAGGGCAAGUCGCUCGUCAUCUUCUACCUGAAGCUGCGCCACAACAAUCUGCGCAAGCUCACCGGCUUCGUGUUCCUCGGCUUGGACAUUCACCAUCUCACCAUCCACAACAGUAGCCUGUCGGUGGUAGAGGAAGCUUCGCUUAGCUCGAUAGGGAAAAUGUUGACUCAACUGGACGUCUCCCAGAACAGCUUGACCCAAGUGCCGUCGGCCGCUUUCAAGAAUCUGCACCACCUCCUCAUACUGAACAUGAACCACAACAAGAUCAACAGCCUGCACGCCAAAGCCUUCCAGGGCCUGGACACGCUGGAAAUUCUCACUCUGUACGAGAACAAGAUUGCCAACGUCGAUCCAGAAGCAUUCGUCGGGUUGGAAAAAAAAUUAAAACGAUUAAACCUGGGGGGCAAUGGCCUAACGGUUGUUCCUCAAAAAUCUCUGGUCAUUCUGGACAUGUUAAAGAAGCUGGAAAUGCAAGAAAACCGAAUAUCCGAGAUAAACGAAGGCGAUUUUGAAGGUCUCAGAAACUUGGAUUCGCUCGGAUUGGCCCACAACAAACUGCGUACGGUCCCUUCCAGGGUUUUCUCGCAUCUCACCCUUCUCAAUUCUUUGGAACUGGACGGCAACAACAUCGACACCAUCGAUAAGGACGCCUUUGCCGGUUUGGAAGAAAAUCUUCAGUAUCUUAGACUGGGAGAUAACAACAUUCACACCAUCCCAACGGAGGCAUUGAAACGGCUGCACAGGCUACGUCACCUGGAUCUGAGAGCCAAUAACAUUUCCUUUAUCGCAGAAGACGCUUUUGCUGGCUUUGGAGACUCCAUCACAUUCCUCAAUCUCCAGAAAAACGAUAUAAGAUCGUUGAACGGGAUGAUUUUUGAAAACUUGAACUCUUUGGAAACCCUGAAUUUGCAGAACAACAAACUGAUGCAUAUUCCCGAAGAUGUGAUGGAACCAAUCUUGGAUACACUCCGAGUUGUCGACAUAAUGGAUAAUCCACUUCUAUGCGACUGCGAGCUGCAGUGGUACAAGAACUGGCUCCGCAACCCCAAGGACAAGGACGAUGAGAUGAUGCAAAAGAAAAGGACAGUGUGCACGAUGCAGCACGAGCACAGAGAGUACAGCUUGCAGAGUCUCCCACUGGACAAGAUGAAAUGCAAAAUCAAGUCGUACGAGAAUUCAGCGUACAGCGCCGCCACCAGGCAAGCGGGAGUACUAGAAACGUCACUCUUGUUGAGUAUAUGCGUUCUAAUUGGUCAAUUGGCGAUAGCUAGUUAAAAUUUAAAAUAUAACGGUAUAUAGAAUUAAAAUCUAGAUGUUUUUAUUAGUGGAUAUAUACAUUAUAUAUGUAGAAGGGGUUUUGGUAUGGUUUUGGCAGGAUAUGUGUGAUUUUAAAUCAGGGAAAGGAUUAUUUUAGAUAAAAAUAACAAGUAGUGUUGUUCUAGAAUCAAUUUCCAAUUCUAAUAAAGGGUUAAAAGGUUAAAAUGACAAUUAUAUCUAUUCGAAGUUAACUUUAAGUCCUUUCACAAACAUUUUAAUCUAAAGAAUCAAAAAUUAUUAAUAUUUUCUAAUAUUCAUUGUUUAGAAUAUAUUUAUAACUUUGUAUUGCAGUUUUAAUACUUAACAAGGGCUUAAAAUAUCUCACAAUCAAUUGUCACAGAAAUAUUAGUUCUUUGCCUGCUAUGAUGCUUUUUUUAUUUUGAAAUAGAAAUAAUAUUAAAGUUCUAAACCAUAGGAAACAAUAUAAGUCGUGUUUUAGUUAUUAAUUUUUUUAAAAUCUUUAAAAUAAAAAAACGACGUCGUGAUGGGCUUUGAAAUGAAAAUCGACUAUAAUAUAUCAUGGAACGAUCUCUAUAUGUUAUUUAUUAAGAUCUAUAAUAAAAAAAUUGCGAAAAAAUUAAUGCUAGAUUUAAAAGAAUAUAAAAGAUUUCAGAAAAGAAUAUCUAUUUUCAAAAAAAAAAUACUGAAUAGGCGUGAAAAUGUUUGGUGUGUCUAAAAUAUUUUUUCCUUUUUUUUUUCAUUAAGUCCAUUUUUAAUCAAUGGCAUAUAUAGAGAACGACCCAAGAGAAAUGAUCAAAAAUUGUCGUUUCAAAGGGUACUGUGACGCUGUUUCUUUUCGACCGUAUGUUACUGGCAUUGCAAUAGUUAAUUUUUCUUCAAAUAUUAAUAUAUUAAAGUCCAGAAACGGUUUUAAAAUUUUAGAAAUAAAUAAUAAGAUAAAAUUUUUAAUAUUGAAAUUCAGAAGCUAUAGAUAUUGCUACAGUCAAAAUUAUUGUUUCUGUCUUACAAAAAUCAUUGAAUAUAAAUUUUGGUAAUCAAAAUCAUUAUUUUAAUUGCAUAGUUUGUAAGCAACAAGCAUACAGAAUUUAGAUAGGGUUAGUCUACAUUUUUGAAUUAAUGAACUAAAGUCAAUAUUAAAAUAUUAUUAAAUCAUAUUUUUUCUGAGCAUUUUUGCAUAUUCGAAGGCCUAGCUGUAACGAAAAUAUAUCCUUCAAGCCCAUAUCGAAACUUCAGUAUUUAAAAAUCGUUAAAAAUCAUAAUUAUUAGCUAUAGAUCAGAAUAUUUUCGAAAAAUCACACAAAAUAUAUCGUUUAGUUAUAGAAUUUUUUGCAUAAUAUAUCAAUAAAAAAA